GCAGACUCGAACGCUCCCUUGUCAACAAGCAACAUGGCCGAGCAGGCAGAGGCUAUGCGGGGCACCGUGGCUUCCAUGCUGCGGGGCAUUGAGAGGUAUAACCCAGAGAACAUUGCCACACUGGAGAGGUACGUGGAACUGCAGGCCAGAGAGAACACCUAUGAUCUGGAGGCCAACUUGGCACUCCUCAAGCUGUACCAGUUCAACCCUGGCACCUACCAGAGCACAGUGGCAUGCCAGAUCCUCAUCAAGGCUCUCACCAACCUCCCACACACUGACUUUGUCCUCUGCAAGUGCCUCCUUGGCCAGGACCAGAUGGAGGACGACAACAUCAAGCGCAUCAUGUACCUCCAUGACCUGCUGGAGAUGUGUCAGUUCCGCACCUUCUGGGCGGAGAAGCACCAAUAUGCUGAUCUGACAGCUGGCAUAAAGGACUUCAGUGACAGCAUCCGCAAGUACAUCUGCCACGUCAUCAGCAUCACCUACCAGCACAUUGAGAGGCAUGUGCUGGGGCAGCUUCUGGGCAACGUUGACGAUGCUACCCAGCAGGCAUGGAUGAACAAGUAUGGCUGGAAAAUGAAUGAUGAUGGGUGCAUAUUUGUAGGCAACCAGGAGGAGACGGUCAAGACUAAAAACAUCACUGAGAAGAUUGACUUUGACUCAGUGGCCGGCAUCAUGGCUGCCUGUAGAUAAUUGUGUCAGCGUGAAGCAGAAAGGUGGAAACAAAUAAACUGUUUAGUAGA